AUGCUCAAAUUUUCUAUCGACGUUCUUCUAGCUCCGGGGAGAUCGUCUGGAAUUUUUCCAUUUCCAGCCAAGACAUGCCUGUUUGCUGAUUCUUCUUCAGGGGAAGAUGAAGCAAACCGAAAAAAAUUUCCAUGUGAAAUUUGUGGAAAACAAUUCAACGCACACUACAAUUUGACUCGUCACAUGCCGGUCCACACCGGAGAACGACCGUUUGUCUGCAAGGUUUGCGGAAAAGCGUUUCGUCAGGCUUCCACACUUUGUCGUCACAAAAUCAUUCACACCGACAGUAAACCGCAUAAGUGCAAAACAUGUGGAAAAUGUUUCAAUAGAUCGUCAACACUGAAUACACAUGUUAGGAUACAUCAAGGAUUCAAACCGUUCGUUUGUGAAGUUUGCGGUAAAGGAUUUCAUCAAAAUGGAAACUACAAAAAUCAUCGUCUUACCCAUGAAGAAACCAAGAAGUACUCCUGUACGAUUUGUAAGAGGGCAUUCCAUCAAUCCUACAAUCUCGCAUUCCAUAUGUUCACCCAUGAAGAACACAAACCAUUCACUUGCCACGUGUGUUCGAAGGGAUUCUGCCGCAACUUUGAUCUAAAGAAACACCUUCGCAAAAUGCAUUCUCACUCCAUUAUUCCACCUAAUACUCCAUAA